AUGAACGACGCAGAUGUCUCGAAGCAGAUUCAGCAGAUGGUCAGAUUCAUCCGCCAAGAGGCCGAAGAGAAAGCCAAUGAGAUAUCUGUCUCUGCUGAGGAGGAAUUUAACAUUGAGAAGCUGCAAAUAUUUGAAGCUGACAAGAAAAAGAUCAAGCAAGAGUAUGACCGCAAGGCAAAGCAGGUGGAUGUGCGCAAGAAAAUCGAAUACUCGAUGCAGCUGAAUGCAUCUCGUAUACAAGUUCUUCAAGCACAGGAUGACAUUGUAAACUCCAUGAAAGAAGCUGCUGGCAAGGAUCUUCUGCGUGUUUCGGAUGACAAGAAGGCAUACAAGAAGCUCAUCAAAGACUUGAUUGUUCAGAGUUUGAUGAGGCUCAAGGAGCCAGCAGUGUUGCUACGGUGCAGAGAGGUUGACAAGAAAGUUGUUGAGUCUGUGUUGGAGGAAGCAAAGAAAGCUUAUGCUGAUAAAGCCAGUGCUUCCGUCCCCAAAGUCACCGUCGACGAUCGUGUGUUCCUCCCACCUCCUCCGAAAGGUGGCGACUCUCAUGAGCCCUUUUGUUCUGGUGGAGUGGUGUUGGCCUCCCAAGAUGGAAAGAUAGUGUGUGAAAACACCCUCGACGCACGAUUGGAUGUUGUGUUCAGACAGAAGCUGCCCGAGAUUCGGAAGCGCCUUUUAGGACAAACCAGUGCAUCAUGA